UUAGUUAGUGACUUGGUGUCUGUAAGUCGUUCGUAAAAGAAAGCAAAUCUAACGUGGAGAGUCUUCGAACCCCAGUUUCCGGUAACAGCUUUGAACCGUGGCUUCCUCAGGGACCGUGUCUCGCAGAAAACCACCUUCUUCUUCUUCUUCUUCCCAAACACCCGGGUCGACCCGAAUCGUGUAUAGAGAACCGGGUAGGCAUUCGGAGUCCGAAUUGCCGAUCUGGCAGCGGAACUGGUUCAUAGCUUUGCUGUUCCUCAUGGCUUUGGGAUUCUUCGGCCUCGCUCUCUUCCUCUUCCUUACCCUCGAUUCUGACAUCGGUGCUUCUCCAUCCGCUUCAGCCUCCGCCUCUGCUGCCUCCUCGGAAGGCGUCGAGGUGCACAUCACUUAUGGGUCGGUUAUAAAGCUUAUGCACGAGAAGACCAAGUUUCGUUUGCAUUCCCAUGAUGUUCCGUACGGUUCUGGCAGUGGACAACAAUCGGUUACUGGUUUUCCCAAUGUUGAUGAUUCCAAUAGUUACUGGAUUGUUAGACCUGAGCCAGGAACUUCUGCUAAACAAGGUGACACCAUUAAAAGUGGUACAAUCAUUAGAUUGCAGCACAUGAGGACCAGGAAGUGGCUGCACAGCCAUUUGCAUGCUUCCCCAAUAUCAGGCAAUCUCGAGGUGAGUUGCUUUGGAGGAGAGUCUGAGUCUGACACUGGGGACUAUUGGAGGCUUUUUAUAGAAGGAAGUGGGAAGACAUGGAAACAAGAUCAGAGGAUCAGGCUUCAGCAUGUGGACACCGGAGGCUAUCUACAUAGUCAUGAUAAGAAAUACUCGCGGAUUGCUGGAGGGCAGCAAGAGGUUUGUGGUUUACGUGAAAAACGUGCAGACAAUGUCUGGUUGGCAGCUGAAGGCGUCUACCUUCCUGUUACUGAAAGCAAAUGAAGUUGAUUACAUUGAUGCUAUGUCGAACAGCACCAUGGACUGCUGAAAUUUUAGCUUCCAGCAUUGGUUCAGAUGUUAGAUAGAUGUAGGGAAUAGGCUGUCUAUUGAAUCGAAACAUGAGGGGGGUGAAGUGAACGAUUUUAGGAUGAUAUGACCAUAUGAUAGUAAUACUUUGUCAUUGGUUCACUUGUUAUGAAAUGUCCUAAGAGAACGGCAAAUUGACAGCAAUUACUUUAAUUUUCAAGUGAGUUUACAAUUUUACUGAUCAAAUGAAACAUUUGCUUGAACUGUUGAA